AUGUUGAAAGAAGAAUGGCAACCAUUGCUUACAGCGAAAUCCUAUGAAGAAGCAGCUAUGUUGGUAAAAUCUCAAUUGAAUGUAUGCCAAUAUCGGCAUUCAGAUUUAAAGAAUCGAACGAAAUACUCAUUCAAAUGCAAUGAAUACAGAAAAUAUCCAUUAUGCUCUUAUGAGAUUCAAAUUAUUGUACCAGAUGAUGAUCCAACCUUCGUAACAGUUAUGUCACGAAAUAUUCAUCAACAUCAGCAAUACGAACGUAAUUCAACAACACGAUUACC